AAUACUCGUAGUGAUUGGACGUUCAUGGUCUGUUGAAGGUCAAGCCAUGCGGCCUAAUUCGGUAACCAGGUCGCCAAUACGUGCCGGCAGUGAUGUGCUAUCCAUUCUCAUAGGGCUGGGAGCCACAGCAAGUAGAUCUAGUGCCAAUGUGUGUUUGGGGCGUAGGCGCAUCGCAACUGAUGCAGCACCUACCCCACUCCCACAAGCCCCCAAAAUACCUGCAACCGUUGAAAUUGGCGGAAAGAAAUACCAAACAGACGAGUGGCACAAUGUCCCAUCGACAAUCAAUACCGCGGUUGGGCGCCAGCUGCACCUGCAAAAGGACCACCCUAUCUCCAUAACCCGCCAAAUAAUCGAAUCGGUAUUUCCUGCUCCUACCUACAAAUACCAUAACAAUCUCUUUCCAGUCGUAACGACACACCAAAACUUCGAUUCGCUCGAAUUCGCCCAAGACCAUCCAGGCCGGAGCAGGACGGACACUUACUAUGUCAACAAAGAUACCGUGUUGCGUACCCACACCAGCGCGCACCAAGCAGAUACCUUUCGCCGGAAUGAAAGCGAAGGGUUUCUCGUAAGUGCGGAUGUGUACAGACGAGAUGCGAUCGAUCGCAGCCAUUAUCCGAUUUUCCACCAAAUGGAAGGUGCCCGCAUGUGGGAUAGGACAAAGGUUCCGGGAGGUGACAUAGCCAAAGCAGUUUGGGAAGAUAUUGCAAAACUACCCACACACGACAUGAAAGUCGAAGAUCCAAACCCGCCCCAUCACGCAGAGAGGAAUCCUUUACAAGCUCCUCACAGCGCCGCCGAGUCGGAGGCCAUCUCUGCUCAUUUGAAGAGAUCGUUGGAGUUGAUGGUUGCGGAGAUUUUCUCUCGGGCAAGAGCAUCCAGCGGAAACGCUGAUGCUGUCUCAACGGCGGAACCGCUCAGAAUCCGUUGGGUAGAGGCUUUCUUUCCAUUUACGAGUCCUUCAUGGGAACUUGAGGUUUUCUGGCAGGGUGACUGGUUGGAGGUUCUUGGCUCGGGCGUCAUCAACCAGAAGAUCUUCACAAACUCAGGCGUGCCUGAUCAACUCGGAUGGGCGUUCGGCAUCGGACUCGAACGGAUAGCGAUGCUUCUAUUUGAGAUCCCUGAUAUUCGGUUGUUCUGGUCGAGAGACGAGAGAUUUCUCGGACAGUUCAAGGGGGUCACGGAUGAUCUAACACUCAUGAAGAGAUUCGUUCCGUUUUCUAAACAUCCAGCUUGCUAUAAAGAUGUAGCAUUCUGGCUGCGAUCUACUUCAUCUGCUGCAGGCGGCGGGACAAAAAUGAACAGCCAAGAUUUCCACGAGAAUGAUAUGAUGGAAAUUUUGAGAGAUAUUGCAGGUGAUACAGUGGAAGACGUCAAGGCUAUCGAUGAGUUCACCCAUCCUAAAACAGGAAGGAAGAGUCUAUGUUACAGGAUCAAUUACAGGAGCCUGGAGAGGACAUUGACAAACGACGAGGCCAACAAGUACCAUGAUCGGGUUAGAAAGGAGCUGGUGGAGAGGUUUGGAGUUGAGCUGAGGUAGUUGAAACUCUCCUAUCGAUACCAAGACAAAAUAGGGGGAGAGCAAAGCAUAUUUUGCCCCCUUACCUUGUAAAAUAAAUAAAUGUAAUCAAUAUCAUGUACAAG